AUGAAUGGGAAGCACCGCCCCAGCCCCUGCCCCGCCCAUUCGCCCCCACUGUCCCGCCCCGGGCCGCCCAUCCCUGGCCGCUCGCGCCGUCGGGGCCGGUCGCCGGUUGCCGCCGUGGCCAUGGCCCAUCGCUCGUCGCCCGCCGCCCGCCCGCCGCCCACCGCCAUGAGGCGCGGGGGCCCCGCCGCCAUCGCCGCUUGUCUCGCCGGGGCACUCGCUGUGCUGGCGGGGCCGGGGCCGGGCAGUGCCACCGGGACCGGCCGGCGGCCCCCCCGCAGCUACGGGCACCUGGAGGGCGACGUGCGCUGGCGGCGACUCUUCUCCGCCACCCGCUUCUUCCUGCGCAUCGACGGCGGCGGCGGCGUGGAGGGGACGCGCUGGAGGGAGCGGCCGGGCAGCAUCGUCGAGAUCCGGUCGGUGCGUGUCGGCGUCGUGGCCAUCCGGGCGGUGCACACUGGCUUCUACCUGGCCAUGAACAAGCGGGGGAGGCUCUACGGGUCGAAGGAGUUCAGCCCCAACUGCAAGUUCACGGAGCGCAUUGAAGAGAACGGCUACAACACCUACGCGUCGCUGCGCUGGCGGCACCGCGGCCGCCCCAUGUUCCUCUCGCUCAAUAGCAAGGGCAGGCCACAGCGAGGGGGCAAGACACGCCGGCAGCACCUCUCCACACACUUCCUCCCCAUGCUCGUCAGCUGAACAACGUGGGCAGCUCCGGAUGGU